ACGUCCCGCCUUCUGGCCGGUCUGCAGAUUCGCACACAAAUACAGUUGAGUGUUUGAUAAAAAUGCACUCAGAUGCGACAAAUUUUCAGCUGAACUCCCACUUGUCCACACUGGCCAGCAUCCACAAGAUCUACCACACACUGCACAAGCUGAACCUGACUGAGGACGUUGGGCCAGACACUCACUCCACAGCCUGCUGCUCCAAAGCCAUGCCCCCGAGGAAAAAGAGGAGGCCCACUGCUGGAGAUGACCUGUCUGCAAAGAAGAGUCGCCAGGACAAUGUCUACAGAAGACAGGAGUCUUCGCAUAUCCAGGAAGCUGAAGCGUUCUCCAGUAAGAGAUGUCUGGAGUGGUUUUAUGAGUAUGCAGGUUGUGAUGAUGUGGUUGGACCAGAAGGCAUGGAGAAGUUCUGUGAAGAUAUUGGAGUGGAACCAGAGAAUGUGGUGAUGCUAGUAUUGGCUUGGAAACUGAAUGCUCAGAGUAUGGGCUACUUCACCCUGCAGGAGUGGCUUAAAGGAAUGGGUUCACUGCAAUGUGAUUCAACUGAAAAACUCAGGAACUCUCUAGACUACCUGAGGUCCAUCCUCAACGAUGCCACGAGUUUUAAACUCAUUUACAGAUACGCCUUUGACUUUGCCCGGGAGAAGGAUCAGAGGAGUUUAGAUUUAAACACUGCCAAGUGCAUGCUGGGACUUCUACUGGGGAAAACCUGGCCACUAUUUCCUGUGUUUAACCAGUUUCUAGAGCAAUCCAAGUAUAAAGUAGUAAAUAAAGACCAGUGGUGUAAUGUUCUAGAGUUCAGUAGGACCAUUAACUUGGAUCUUAGCAACUACGAUGAGGACGGGGCUUGGCCAGUUUUGUUGGACGAGUUUGUGGAGUGGUACAAAGACCGGGAGAUGUCAUAGCAACAACCCUCAUUGCCUCUACCAUCAUCAACAUCUAGAAACUAACCGGCGACAGGCACCGUGGCAUCAGUGACAGAAAUUACUUAGACAUGGUCCUUAAAAACAAAACAUAAUCGGACCCGACGGGGCAAACUGUAGGUAUCCUGCCUGUGAAUUGUGUGUGUGUGUGUGUGAGUGAGUGUGUGUGUGAGAGAGAGAGAGAGAAAGAGAGUGUAACAGUGUAACUUUCACAUGUUGUAACUUUCACAGUGUAACUUUCACAUGUUGCCCUUCUCCUAAGGGUUACGUGUGAGCGUCAUCACUGAUGAUAAAUAGGUGAAACAGCACCUCUGCCCUAAAUUCUCACCUGAUGUCCCAACAAACCUGCAAUGCACCAUGGGAAAGCACAUGGCCAAGCUCAGUGCUGCUCCCUGCUACCCUAAAGUACUGUGACGUGUCUAACUGUGAAUGUUUGAAUAGGUGUUUAAGAUGGGUGAUCUGUGAUAUUCAACAUGGUAGGAUUUAACUCCUAAAUCCCUAAAUAGUUCCCUUCUUAUGCUAGGUGAUAAUACAUUACGGGGUCAUGUCAAAUAUAAAAACUAAAAGAAAAAAAAAAGAAGAGGUGAAGUAGCUUUGCUGCUGAUUACGUUCUGCCCAAACGUCAGAUCCUCACCUGUUACAUUACAUUAAAUCGUAAAAAGUCAAACUUUUAAACAAAAGGUUUUGCGAGAGAAAUAUUAGUAAGACAUCCUUUCUGUAAACAACUAGAUUAAAUGCAGAGGACAGGCUGUGUUUUAUUAACUGUGAAAAAAAGAAAAAGUGCUAAAUCAGCCCUCUUUACAGAAUAUUUUCUGAAGCUCUCUUUGCUGUUUCAUUGUCCAGAUGAUCUUAAUCUGAUAAAUUACACAAGGUAUUUAUACCUUAUUUAUCAUAUAACAACAUAACUUGUAAUAAUUCCCUGCCAUUGAGCUGUUUCUUUUCUCAUUAAAGGUUCUUUUGACGUC